AUGGCUACUCUAUCUGGAGCUUUUUCCACCGUCCUUGUCUUGCUUCUUAUAUUCGCUGUAGGGACACUCAUGCCCAUGGUGAAAGGUGACGUUUGCACCGAAGAUAUGGGUGCAUGCGAUCCUGACUGCAGUUCAAGGUGCACAUCUGCACAUCCUGGGGCUAAGGCCGGUUGUGAUUUGAACAACAACAACCCGGUUUGCAGAUGCUUCUACGACUGUGGACCUCCAUCGCCGCCGCCAUACUCGAAAAAGUGCAAAAUCAGCUUGGGAAUAUGGGGUGAGAACUGCUCAGAGAGUGAUUGUAACUCACAGUGUGCUUCCAAAUAUCCUGGACCUCAAGAAGGAAGUGGAUACUGUUAUAGCGUUGGAGCUCCUUUCUAUACUUCUUGUUUUUGUGAGUACAAGUGUUGA